AUGCAGCGGCGCGGCGCGGGGCUCGGGUGGCCGCGGCGGCAGCACCAGCAGCAGCAACCGCCGCCGCCCGCGGUCGGCUCCCGGGCCGCAGCCAUGGUCCCCCCGGGCCUCGGCGGCCGCCCUGCCUGCGCGCUGCUCCUGCUCUGCUACCUGAACUUCGUGCCGUCUUGGGGGAGGCAGACUUCUCUCACUACGUCGGUGGUACCCAAGGCUGAGCAGACUUACAAAGACUUUAUUUAUUUUACCGUCUUCGAAGGCAGCGUCCGCAACGUCUCCGCGGUCUCGGUUGAGUAUUUAUGCUCUCAGCCUUGCGUUGUCAGCCUGGAGGCGGUUGUGUCAUCCGAGUUCCGGAGUAGCAUCCCUGUGUACAAAAAAAGGUGGAAGAACGAGAAACAUCUUCACACCAGCAGGACCCACAUAGUGCAUGUGAAGUUCCCCAGCAUCAUGGUUUACCGGGACGACUACUUCAUCAGGCACUCCAUCUCGGUGUCGGCAGUGAUACUGCGAGCCUGGAUCACUCACACCUACGGCGGCGCCGACCUGCACGUGAAAUGGGAGGCGGACUUGCUGCACGCCGUGGCCAGGAACUACACUCUGCUUCAGGCGGUCCCGCCCUUCGAGCGCCCCUUCAAAGAGCACCAGGUGUGCCUGGAGUGGAACGCGGGUUACCUCUGGACCCUGCAGGCCAACAGGAUUCCACAGUGUCCUCUGGAAAAUGACGCGGUUACCCUCCUGGAGUUUCCCUACGCCUCCAGCGGCGAGAACACGGGCAUCGUGAAGAAGCUGCCCAGGUUUCGGAACCGUGAGCUGGAGGCCACCCGACGCCAGCGGCUGGAUUACCCGGUGUUUACUGUUUCAUUGUGGCUUUAUUUACUCCAUUAUUGCAAGGCCAAUCUCUGUGGGAUUCUCUACUUUGUGGAUUCUAAUGAGAUGUACGGCACACCUUCUGUGUUUCUCACUGAAGAGGGCCAUUUGCAUAUUCAAAUGCAUCUCAUCAAGGGAGAAGACCUUGCUGUGAAAACCAAGUUCACCCUGCCUCUGAAGGAGUGGUUUCGGCUGGAUAUCUCUUUCAGCGGAGGCCAGAUAGCAGUCACCACCAGCACCGGACCCGACCUGAAGAGCCACCAUAACCAGACCAUCAGCUUCAGGGAGGAUUUCCAUUAUAAUGACACCGCUGGCUACUUCAUUCUGGGCGGCAGCAGGUACGUGGCCGGUGCGGAAGGGUUUUUUGGACCCGUGAAGUACUAUCGCCUGCGCAGCCUGCCCCCGGAACAGAUCUUUAAUCCCCUCCUUGAGAAGCAACUUGCUGAACACAUCAGGUUAUAUUAUGAGCGAUGCGCUGAGGUCCGAGACAUAGUGUCUGUGUAUGCGUCCACCGUCCAGCUCGGGGGCCAGAGACAGGAGGCAUGUGAUCUCCGCAAUGCCUACCUGGACCUCAAGCGCAGGUAUGGGAGCCCCUCGACCUGCAGAGCCUUCCCGUGGGAGAAGGGGCUGCAAGAGCAACACAGCAGCCUGUUCCAGGCGCUGCUGGAGAUGGACCUGCUGACCGUGCCAAGGAGCCAGAAUGAAUGUGUGCUAGAGAUUGGUGGGAGGAUGUUCGAGAAGGCGGUAAAGAGACUCUCCGGCGUAGAUGGUCUCCAGUACAUCAGCUCUGUCGUCCCCUUGCUGAUGGAUUCCAGCUGCUGUGGGUACCAUAAAGCAUCCUACUACCUCGCCGUCUUUUAUGAGACUGGAUUAAGUGUGCCUCGGGACCGGCUGCAGGGCAUGCUGUAUAGUUUGGUUGGAGGCCAGGGCAGUGAGCGGCUGUCUUCGAUGAAUCUAGGGUACAAACACUACCAGGGUAUUGACGGCUACCCCCUGGACUGGGAGCUGUCCUACGCCUAUUACAGCAACAUUGCCACAAAGACUCCCCUUGACCAACACACGCUCCAAGGAGAUCAGGCAUAUGUUGAAACCAUUAGACUGAAAGAUGAUGAAAUCCUCAAGGUGCAAACCAAAGAGGAUGGAGACGUUUUUAUGUGGCUGAAGCACGAAGCUACCCGCGGCAACGCAGCGGCUCAGCAACGAUUGGCCCAGAUGCUCUUCUGGGGACAGCAAGGUGUGGCCAAGAAUCCAGAAGCUGCCAUCGAGUGGUAUGCCAAGGGAGCCCUGGAGACCGAGGACCCAGCACUAAUAUACGACUACGCCAUCGUGCUGUUCAAGGGUCAAGGAGUGAAAAAGAACAGACGGCUUGCCUUGGAGCUGAUGAAGAAAGCGGCUUCCAAGGGGUUGCAUCAAGCCGUCAAUGGCCUGGGGUGGUAUUACCACAAAUUCAAGAAAAACUACGCCAAAGCAGCUAAGUACUGGUUGAGAGCGGAAGAGAUGGGGAACCCAGACGCAUCGUACAAUCUGGGAGUCCUGUAUUUGGAUGGCAUUUUCCCAGGAGUUCCUGGGAGGAAUCAGACGUUAGCUGGAGAGUAUUUCCACAAGGCUGCGCAGGGCGGACACAUCGAGGGGACCCUGUGGUGCUCUCUCUACUAUAUCACAGGCAACCUGGAGACGUUCCCCAGAGACCCCGAGAAAGCCGUCGUAUGGGCAAAGCACGUAGCUGAGAAAAAUGGCUACCUGGGCCAUGUCAUUCGCAAAGGCCUCAACGCCUACCUGGAGGGUUCAUGGCAUGAAGCUCUGCUGUAUUAUGUUUUAGCCGCAGAAACUGGAAUUGAAGUGUCACAGACGAAUUUAGCACACAUCUGCGAGGAGCGGCCUGACCUGGCCAGGAGAUACUUGGGUGUUAACUGUGUUUGGAGAUACUACAAUCUCUCUGUUUUCCAAAUCGAUGCUCCUUCAUUCGCCUAUCUGAAGAUGGGAGACCUUUACUACUAUGGCCACCAAAACCAAUCCCAGGACCUUGAGCUGUCCGUGCAGAUGUAUGCCCAAGCAGCCCUGGACGGAGACUCCCAGGGCUUUUUUAACCUGGCCCUGCUUAUUGAGGAAGGUGCUAUCAUCCCACACCACAUCUUGGAUUUCUUGGAAAUUGACCCAGGCCUCCACGCCAGUAACAUCUCCAUUCUCCGGGAACUGUACGAAAGGUGCUGGAGCCACAGCAGCGAGGAGUCCUUGAGCCCGUGCUCCUUGGCCUGGCUUUACCUUCACCUGCGGCUUCUCUGGGGCGCCGUCCUGCACUCUGCCCUGGUCUACUUUCUGGGAACCUUUGUGCUGUCCGUAUUGAUCGCCUGGACUGUGCAGUGCUUCCAGUCUGCCUCAGCCAGCCGCUCCCCUCCAGGAGCAGCCCAGGCCUCUGCCGACCCCACCAGUUCCACUGCAAGUCCAGCUGUGACUCCCGCCACAGAUGCCUCCCACCAGAACCAGCCCUCGGUCGCUAAUAACCCAGAGCCGCGUGGGUGACCUGUGCACUCCAGGGGUCGCCAAGGACAGCGUCCUUCCCAGAGCUGCCGCCGGAAGGCAGGAGCCAGAGCACUCUGCCGAGAAAGACCUUCGCUGUCUUGUCAACUGGGUGCGCACUUUGCACUUGGUCUCUUUCUUUGUUUUUGUUUUUGUUUUUGUUUUUUUUAAUCAAAUUACAAGGAGGUACCCAGAGCAGUCGGUGGGUAUACCAAAGGUUAUCAAACAGAUACGAGCAACAUCUUGACCAUGAGGGCAUUCCUGGUGACUGUGUGUGUAUCGGGUGUCAUUGUUUGCCUGGGGGCAUGGCUGACUUCUACACCAAGCUGUACGUUAAGAAUUUUACCCAUUUGCUCAUUCCCUGUUAUUCGAGAACAGAGAACUGUGAUUCUGUUACCAGGUAGAUAGCAUUUCAGUGCCUGUGUUGGCUACAGCCCUGCUGCUUGAAACCCAGCUGACAAAUUUCUCUUUGACUACCCAGACCCAUUUACAAGGCACCUUGAAAUAAACAGCUUAUGGCUGAACAUACAGGGAAAACGAUGACUUUGUAAAUUGGUUUACAUUUGUUUCUCCUUGAAUUUUUCUAGGGUUGUAGUGCUUCCAAAUCAUUUACUGACCUUGGUGGAUGUCUUUUACAUUUCAAUCAACAUUCAUAAGAUAACAUCUAGAAAAUUCUAGUAUUGAAGUGUAGUCUUCUCCAUGAGUUACCCAUUAGAAUAGACUGGCGGCAAUGGAAUAUGCAGAAAACAAGGCUUUAGCUCAUAGACUCAUCCCCAUCCCUAUGCCUGCCUAAGUCCAUGGAGCGUGUGUGUGUGGGUGGGUGCGUGUGUGGGUGUUUGUGUGUAAGACUGAGAGGGAGAUGGAGAGAAAGAGCAGAAUGGAUGUAUGCUGUUACGGUAGUAAAUAAAUCAGUAAUGCAAUAUUGUGGGUCCAAACUACUCUUUGCACUACUUUAUUUACAGUAGUAAAUAAAAUUAUUUUUAUACAGUU